AUGUGUGCCGGAACAACGGCCAUCAUGAUAAUUCAUUUCAUGGCUACAAGAAUUGUGUCACCAAUGAUACAAUCUUUCAUGAUGCACCAAUGGGGAGAAAAAACAAUCCAAUCCAAGAUUGUGACACGAAAGUCUGGGAUAAUUAAAAAAGGAAUCGGUUCUGGAGACCACUAUUUCUACUACGAUGUUCCCAUUCAUCAGGCCACUGUACUAUAUCGGACAGCUUCCAUGACAGCAGAUAUUGCCAUCCGGAAGGAGUUUGCUGUUGUUGCUCAUGACACACUAAACUUGAGCCAUCUACGUGCGGUACAUUGGAUGCCAUUUCUGUGUAUUGCAGAAGAAACUGGAACAUCUCCUGCCUGCACCAUCACUGUGCUUUUCAUUUCUCUGUCCAGGGUUCUCUUGAUUUGUGCUAUGCUGUUUUCAUCCUUGACGUUGUACAGCUUUGCGCUAGAUCAAGCACAUCAAGACUAUGUCUACUAUGAUGAUGAUUCCAAUGAAGAUUUCCCGAGCAAUGCGGCAUUUUUGUUGCCGUGUAGUUUGGUCCUAGUUUCAUUGUACAUCUUGGGAACCUUUCUCAGGCUCUCUGCUGGCUGUGAGAGGGUGCAUAUGGUAGAUGACGAUGAUAGCUUCUCUGCGGGUCAGCACUGUGCAGUGGAAGAAGAUGAGACAGAAAUGGUGAAGCUCACACAGCACAAUUGCUCAACUUUGGAUGCAUGA